ACUUUCGUUUGCUCUCUUAGGCAUUUGAUCGAACACUUAGUGUGUGUAAGUCUCCGAGCAUGGCAGAGUUCGCAGAGCUCGAAGCUCAAGACGGAGUUAGAAUGCCAUGGAACAUCAUCCCCGUCGCAACCACCAAGGACCAACCCAUCGACUCCGAGAUCCCAGUUUCCGCCAUCUACACACCUCUCGCCCCCUCCACCCCUCUCCUCCCUUACGCUCCCCUCCGCUGCCGCACCUGCCGCUCCGUCUUAAACCCUUACUCCGUCGUCGACUUCUCCGCCUCCACAUGGGGCUGCCCUUUCUGCUUCAAUCGCAACCCCUUCCCGUCGACUUACUCCUCGAUCUCCGAUACCAAUCUCCCCCCGGAGCUUUUCCCUCACUCCACAACCGUCGAGUAUCUCUCCGACUCCUUCUCCUCUCCCCCUCCUCCCGUCUUCCUCUUCGUCGUUGACACUUGCCUCUUCUCCGACGAACUCGAUUUCCUCAGAUCGUCUCUCUCCCAAGCCCUCGAUCUCAUCCCCGACGCCUCCGUCGUCGGACUCAUCGCCUUCGAUUCGUUGGUCCGCGUCUACGAGCUCGGGUUCCCUCACUGCACCAAAUCUUACUUCUUCCAUGGGAACAAAGACUGUUCCAAAGAUCAGCUCCUUGAUCAGCUCUCUUUCUUCGUCAAGAGCCCUAAACCUUCUUCCGGCGUCAUCGCCGGCGUUCGUGACGGUCUCUCCGCCGAAGACAUUGCUCGGUUUCUCCCACCAGCUGCCGAUUGCCAGUUUACUCUCCACUCCGUUCUUGAGGAGCUUGGAAGCAGCCAGUGGCCGGCUGCACCUGAUCACCGCCCUGGGAGGUGCACUGGUGUUGCGCUUCGUAUAGCUGCUUGUCUCUUAGGAGCUUGCUUUCCUGGCUCCGCUGCUAGAAUCAUGGCUUUUGUUGGUGGACCUUCCACUCUAGGCCCUGGAGCUAUUGUUUCUCCGGAGCUUUCGGAACCAAUCCGUUCUCAUAAGGACAUUGGUAAAGAUUCUGCUCCGUGUUAUCAAGAAGCUGUUGAGUUCUAUGAGAAGCUCGCGAAACAACUUGUUCAUCAAGGCCAUGUUCUUGAUGUUUUCGCGAGUUCUGUUGAUCAGGUUGGCAUAGCUGAGAUGAAAGUUGCAGUUGAGCAGACAGGUGGAUUUGUGGUGCUUGCUGAAAGUUUUGGCCAUUCGGUGUUUAGGGAUUCUCUCAAGCGAGUGUUUCAGUCAGGUGAAAAUGAUCUAGGCUUGUCCUCAUGUGGUAUAUUUGAAAUUAACUGCUCAAAGGGUGUCAAAGUUCAGGGAGUUAUUGGCCCUUGCGCAUCUCUCGAAAAGAAAGGACCAUUAUGCUCUGACACUGGCAUCGGUCAGGGCCACACAAGCGCAUGGAAGAUGUGUGGCCUUGAUAAAAGUACUUCCGUAUGUUUAGUUUUUGAGAUUGCUAAAAGGGAGACAGCUGAUGUCGUUUUGCAGUCGCAGAUCAAUCAGUUCUACUUCCAGUUUUUAACAUAUUAUCAGCACUCGAAUGGUCAAACGAGGCUCCGGGUUACAACUCUUUCAAGAAGAUGGGUCAUGGGAACUGAAAACUUACAGGAGUUAACAAAUGGAUUUGACCAAGAAGCAGCUGCUGUAGUUAUGGCACGACUUAUUUCUUUCAAAAUGGAGACUCAGCCUGAGUUUAAUCCCCAACGGUGGGCGGACAAAGCUUUAGUAAAUCUAUGCUCCCGGUUUGGAGAGUACCAAAAGGGCAAUGCUUCUUCAUUUAACCUACCUUCUCAGUUAUCAAACUUCCCUCAGUUUGUGUUCCACUUGCGCCGUUCUCAGUUUGUUCAGGUCUUCAACAACAGCCCAGACGAGACAGCAUAUUUUCGAAUGAUAUUGAACCGAGAGAACGUUUCGAAUUCAAUCGUGAUGAUUCAACCUUCGCUGGUUUCUUUCACAUUCAAUUCACAGCCAGAACCAAUUCCUCUUGAUGUGGCAUCCAUUGCAGCUGAUAGAAUCCUACUUCUGGAUGCGUACUUCACACUCGUAAUAUUUCACGGUGCUACAAUCGCUCAAUGGAGAAAAGCUGGAUACCAUCAUCAACCUGAGCACCAGGCACUUGUGCAUCUGUUGCAGUCCCCACGAGACUAUUCAGAUACAAUAAUAAACGAAAGGUUUCCCAUUCCGCGUCUUGUCAUAUGUGAUCAAUAUGGUUCACAGGCUCGUUUUCUACUAGCAAAACUGAAUCCUUCAUCAGAUGGAAAUGGUCCUUUUUCCGGAGGGAGUAAUGUAUUUACAGAUGAUGUUAGCUUGUCUGUGUUUCUUGAUCAUCUUCGAAGACUCAUUGUUCAUUAGAGAGACCCUUUUUUGUCGUACAGAUUGUUUUGUAUGUUCUUUCUAACAGAAUGUUGUAACAUUUGUAUAAACAAAAAUAAUAAAAGUUUUUAAAAGUUGAAGGACCAAAAUUGAAUUUUACAACA